AUGACCAGGAAGCUCAUCAGGCUCGAGACGACAAGUGCAGCGCGAGACCAAAUAGGUCAACACGCCGACGAGCCAUGUCAUUUCUGCUACGCGGUCUCCAAGCAAGGGUCCACGACAACAUUUGCACCCUCUGUAGAGUUCAGGUGUCUCGGCUACGGUGCGUGCUGCAAUGGUUGCAGCUCGACCGACGAUACCGGCGUUGCCAAGACCGAGUGGCUGCAAAUGACGAUGCGUCCAGCGUCGGGUGAGCUUGCAAGGCGACCCUCGAGCUUCCCGUCCACUAUUGUUGGCCAGCGGGAGCAUCCCGCGACGGUGUUGUGUCGCCGGCGUCCCAAGUACCUUACGUAUCUGCAAUCCACCGCUGCCUGGAGCACGGUGAGAAUCACGCGAUCGUUGCUUGACAUGUUUGUCAAGAUCUCUUGGGUUCUUUGCGCCGCUGCCGCGUUCCAAUCGGUAUACGCUCGACCUUUGAGAGGCACCGCGUCGAGGCUCAAGCAAGGUGGCGGCUCCGCCAACUCAAGUCGAUUCCACGAUGUCCCGUACGGACGUUUUGGUCCCGCAGCAAGGCAGGCUGGAUCCGGCGCACCCGGGAGCGACGCGAUCAACGAAGAUGCUUCAGGCCUUGCGCCUGCGCUUGCACCUGGCGUGCAGAACUCGUUAGGCGAAGGAUUCGACCCGCAGUUCCUCACCACGACUCGCGAUGGCAAGCCUUUCUACCUGGUGACGGACGUCGACUUUGGCAUGAAGGUGUUCCUGCGCGCGAGCGACGAUCUGAACGAUAUUUACCGCAACGAGGGCAAGAUGUUUGCGAUCUACGAGUACUCGAACGUCUCGUAUCCGAAGGGUGUGGGUACCGAAGCUGCCGACAUUGUUCGGCUGGGCGAUCGAUACCUGUACACGGUCUCUGCGAUCCAGGACGAUACGAUGCGCAUGCUCAUUUCGGACACCGACGACCCCUUGGGCCAGUAUACCGACCUUGGCCGUGUGCUCGGCCAAGAUGGCGUGGCGUUGCAGGGCUACGAUCCGCACGUUAUUGUGCAUCCGAACGGCAACACGUACCUUACAUGGUCCAAUCACGAGUACGUGCAGCUCGUGCAGUUGCAGAACGGCGCACCUGCUCGUGCGGCGAGUGCCGUGGUGGACUUGGUUUCGUAUGGUGUCAACACGGAAGCGCCGAGUAGCUGGGUGUACGACAACAAGGUCAACGGCUCGCGCACCCUCAAUCUUAUGUACGCCGAGGGCAACUUCUACCAGUCUAACUACAACACGCGGCUGCUCUACAUCGAUGCCGCCGAGGAUCCGCUCGACGUGGGCCGAUGGUACCAGCGCGGACAGCCCAUCCUGGCGUCCGACUCGAGUCAGGGCGUAUAUGGACCGGGAAGCGGAAGCUUGUUCACCGGUCCCGAUGGACAGACGUGGUGUGCAUACGGAGCGUUUGCCUCGCCCGACGGUGCGGACGACGGCAAGAACGAGCGAUACGUCCGGGUCCAGGUGGCGCAAGCCGACGAGAGGGGGGUGUGGCUCCCUACGCAGGUGAUUCCUGCUGAGAAGCUAGAUUGA